AAAAGUGCUGAAGAGUCCUAGGGAGAUGAGGCUAUUUUUGUUUGAAGCUGAUACUUCUAGCUGAGCCACAAGUACUGCUUGGAAAGGGCUUAGGUUGUUUCCAGGGGGAGAACUCUGCAGAGAAGAGGCAAAGUUCAACAGGACCACAAAAAACAGCUUAAACAGCCAGGAAAAGGAAGAGCCCUCACUUUUAACCCUCUACUAGAGUUCUCGAAUCCUAAGGUAUUUGCAAAGUGCCAGCUGCCUGGAAAUUUUCACCUGAUUGAUUUCUGCAUCCACCAUGACUGAGAUCACAGCUGAAGGAAAUGCAUCUACAACCACAACUGUGAUAGACAACAAAAAUGGAUCUGUGCCCAAGUCCCCUGGAAAGGUGUUGAAGAGGACUGUCACCGAAGACAUUGUAACAACGUUCAGUUCCCCUGCAGCCUGGCUUCUGGUCAUCGCUCUGAUAAUCACAUGGUCAGCUGUUGCUAUCGUUAUGUUUGACUUAGUGGAUUACAAAAACUUUUCAGCAAGCUCCAUUGCCAAGAUUGGCUCAGAUCCUCUAAAACUAGUGAAUGAUGCUGUGGAAGAAACCACCGACUGGAUCUAUGGCUUCUUUUCUUUGCUGUCUGACAUCAUCUCAUCUGAUGGCGAUGAAGAAGAUGAGGAGGCAGAUGAAGAUAUAGAUAAAGGAGAAAUUGAAGAACCACCCUUGAAAAGAAAAGAAAUACACAAAGAAAAGGCUGAAAAGCAGGAGAAACCUGAGAAGAAAAUACAAACUAAAGUUUCACACAGAGAAAAGGAAAGAGGAAAAGAAAAAAUAAAAGAAGGAGAAAAACCUGAGAAGAAAGCAACUCACAAGGAGAAACUUGAGAAAAAAGAAAAAGCAGAGACAAAGGCAAUGGCAAAAGAAGACAAGAAAGUUAAAACUAAGGAAAAGACUGAAGAAAAGGCUAAGAAGGAAACGAAAGUUGGGAAACAGGAGAAAGUGAAAGCAACAGCUGCAAAAGCAAAAGAAACUCAGAGAACAGCACCAAAAGCCAGAGAGAGAGAUGACAAAGAGACCGUACCUGUGCCCAAGCAUGAACAGAAAGAUCAGUAUGCGUUCUGUCGAUAUAUGAUUGACAUGUUUGUCCAUGGGGAUUUAAAACCAGGACAAAGCCCAGCCUUUCCACCACCGUCAGUGACAGCACCAGCUUCCCGACCUGCUCUGUCACCACCGGCCCUUGAAGAAAAAGAAAAAGAAGAGGAAAAGAAGAAAGCCGAGAAGAAAGUUACUUCUGAAACAAAAAAGAAAGAAAAAGGAGAAGGCAAAAAGAAGAGUGAGAGGGAAACUGCCUCUGAUGUGAAAAGCAAAGAACCAGGCAAAUCUCCUGAAACCAAACAAACGACUACAAAAGUCACCACACAAGCCUCAGCUAGAAAGGAUGAGAAGAAAGAAGAUUCCAAGAAAACGAAAAAAACUACAGAAGAACAACCCAAGGGAAAAAAACAGGAAAAGAAAGAACAGCACACAGAACCAGCAAAGUCACCAAAAAAGGAACAUCCAGCUCCAAGUGAAAAACAUGGAAAAGCAAAAGCUGAACGAGCCAAAGAAGAGAUUGCUGCUGCCUCAACCAAAAAGGCCGUGCACGGAAAGAAAGAAGAAAAAGCCAAGACAGUGGAGCAAGAAGUGAAAAAGGAAAAACCUGGAAAGAGUUCUUCGGAUUUGAAAGACAAAGUACCUGAAACCAAAAAAACUGAGAAGAUCUCCAAAGCAGGCAAAGAUGUACAGCCUAAACCACCACAGCCACAUGUGAAAAAAGAAGAGAAAUCAGAGCCUCAAAUUAAAAAGGAAGCAAAACCAGCAUCAUCUGAGAAGCCCCAAAUACGCAAGCAGGAUGUCGCCAAACCAGAGCAAGCUGCUCCCCAUGGGAAACCAGGUAAACAAAAAGUUUUCAAGCAGGUAAAAACUGUUACCGCAGAAAAAACAGAAAAAGCUGAACAUCAAGAGAAAGAGCGCCAGUCUAUAAAAACAGAUAAGCCUAAGCCAUCUUCAAAGGAAACAUCAGAAGCCGUAGAGUCAGGAAAGAAAAAAAUUGAAAAAUCUGAAAAGGAAAGUAAAGUUCCAACAAGACAAGAACAUCUUCAGGUUCACAAUGUUACUAAAGAAAAACCUGGAAAAAUACCAAAAGAAUCCAAAGAUGUACCAGCCUCAAAGAAAGAUAAAGAAGUAACUGAUGAUGUAUCUUCACCAAAGAAGCAAAAGAGUCCCAUCAGUUUCUUCCAGUGCGUCUACUUGGAUGGGUACAAUGGCUAUGGAUUUCAGUUUCCUGUCACUCCCGCCCAAAGUCCUGGAGAGAAUUCUGGCAAAGCAAAUUCUCCAGGACAGAAGCAGCAAGGCCAAUAGCCACAUAUGCAUGACCCUGACAACUGCUUUAACAUGGUGAAAGUGGAAUCUUCUCUUUUGUCCACAAUGGCACAGGCAAUUGAAACUAUCCAACCCUGUGAUUUCUUUGUGAACGUUCUACUCUUCCACCUAGCAUUACAUAAUGGCAUGGACAAAGGGGUAAACUAGUAAGUUGGAGGGUCUAAUGCUAGAGAAUCUCUGUGUCUGUCUGUUGCUGUGGGAGGGGUACUUACAUUUAGCUGUUUUUAUUCAUUGCAAAGUUGUGCAUUCAUUAAAGUUUACUUCAUAUUGUUCUUUUAGAUGUAAUUGGCACAAUUACAAAAUGAAAUUUAUGGCUUUGGGUAGCUAAUUUUUAAAUUGGUAACAUAGACUGUGUUCUAACUUUAAAUGGUACAGGAACAUAUAUUAAAGUUACUCUUCUGCAUCAUGUGGGUAAACUCGGUUUACCCAAAGACACACGUGUAUCAUUAUAUUCACGUGAGUUUCUAGUUCAGUUUCGGCAAGGCUCUACAAUAGUUAUGUCUUCCACCAGAGUGUUGUAAGUUCCUUGCCAUGUUCUUAAAGCUCAGAGUGCCUGACAGACAGAACAUGAUGAAGAACAAGGUGCUUCAGGGAUCUUAUCUUUCAGGUUGUCUUGAGCUAUAAUUAUGACAUUCUCUCCUGUGGACAUACACUUGCAGUUGAGCACAUCUGGUAAAUCAUUUGUUUAAUAUGCAAGUGAAUCAGAUGUGAGAUUUUCACACUUCUCCAGGUUAUGCCCCAGUGAAAACAUCACCUGGGUGAAGGAUUAGAUCAAUCAAUAACCAUGGAUGACCAAUGCAAACAUUGCUUUAUUUCUCAAUACAUUCUUUCUGUAAAGUUAAAUGUUUUCCUUUUCAAAUGGAAACAAUGCGAGUGUCAUAGAUAUUUAAGUGAGACAUUUUGGGACUAGGUGUGUUCACUUACUUUCUUUUGACUAAUUAGACAUUAUAUGAAUGGCAGUUUUUAACUUACUUGUCCAUGCAUGACUGAAAAUAACUGUCGAGAGUGUUCAUCUCUUUGAUGACAUUAACACUCAUUUUUAAUGAACUUUUCUUAUCAACUUUAAAAAUCUUCUGUAAUUUUUCAUCAUAUUUCCAGUUGCAGCUGAACUUAAAACGAAGUAACUCAGGAAAUGACUUGAGUUACCAUUUCUGCCACUAUCAUCAUCUCAGCCCUUGGCUGAGCUACACAGUGUGUGAACCAGCCCUGUGAUUGGUUUUCAAGUGCUGAAGCUAACUACAGUUCUUGAUGUCCAAGACAUAGGUCUGUUCUAUCAAUAUUGAGGUAGGGUGUGGAUCAUAUAAUUGCCAUUAAUGAUAGAAUGUCAGUGACUUUUAUAAAAACAUUAGUUUCAGUCAGAUGCUGACAGACUUAGUUCACACCCCAAAAGCCAACAAUACAAUGGACUUGAAAAAUGGAGCCAUUUGGAGGGGAAGGGAGACCUAUAACAUCAGACCGGAUGGUACCGUCUUGCAAAGUCCCUUCACAAAGCAAUUCAAACUUAUAAGGAAAACAGUGGAUAAAGGUCUCUGUUUUGCUGCGGGUCACACAUGAAAUUACCUGAGCAAAGGAACAGAGAGCAAAUGUGACAGUUGUUUAAAAAUGCAUACAACAGGAUUGUUAUCCACCACUUUGUUAUCAUUCAAUGACUAUGUACUAAGCACUGAGUCUACUCUGUGUCGGGUACCAGACUGUCUAACAAAGUACAGCAAAACGUUUUACCUAGUACUGUCCUGGCAGAGUAAAUGACAUUGAAAAAUUUACUGUAUGACUGUAUCUCCAUGUGUCAAAGAACUGUCAAAACAAGCAGCUCGAUUCAAAGAGUUACUCUGGAGACAGAUAAAGUGUCUUAAUAUGAAUAUGUUUCAAAACGUUCUCUGAAAUUAUGUUUUUGGAGAUGACACUAGUUUAUCUCCACGGACUUUUGAAUAUCAUCAUCUAUUUUCUUUCUGAAACAAAUUGAUAAAAAAUAUAACAGAUGUCAUUGUAAAUUAGCUGUGAAUUAGA